AUGGUGAUUGAGUGCGCCACUGUACUGGCAUCAGUUGCAGCCUCCAGGCUGAUAGAGAAACUCUUGCCCACAUCAGAAAACGAUGAGAAGACCGUGGAUGAAAUGAGGCACGCGAUGGCCAAGUACUUCCAACAGCAUGGAUGGGAGCUCCAGAAAUCUCCGUAUUUCAAGCACACGCUUGUCAUCCCGCAGUGCAAGGAGCAACUUUCUCAGGUACUCCUGGAUCCCAGGCUUGAGGGAUGUCGACUCCUGCACGACUGGCUUCGGCUCAAGUUUGAAGAGGCGUUGAACUUGCCUGUGGACGGCCAUUUGAUCGACCACGCCUUCAUGUGUGACCAUGAACUCAAGUUCUCCGAAAAUGUCUUUGGCCUGAUUUCUGUCAAGGUUGCCGGCAUGAUGGAUUUCUCGGAGUUUGGCAAGGACACAUGUCUACAAGUCUACGGCAGAGUCAGAGACAUGGGCACGACUUACGAACGGGUCGCUGAGGAACUCCGUGACUUUGACAUCACAGGCGAGUUCCUGCAGGAGGGCGACUUUGCACCAGAGGAUUUGCAGAGUUUUCAGAACCUCCCCGGCUUGGCAAAGAAAAGGCUUCGCCAUCACCUCGCAAGAUACAAGGAGAAACCAACAUCAGCCCUAGUUGUGUGCAUUGUCGCAUGCAGCUUGACCAUGGCCUACCGUGGUGGUGUUCUUCAGGACAUCAAGGAGAGCAUGUUCGGUGAGGCAUUGAAAGAGAAGUGCGUGGACUACUUGAAGCUGCGCCUGGCCGGUGAAAAGCCACAUGAAGCCCUGAUGGAUGGCAAUGAUGGCAUGAGCACAACACCAGCAUUGCAGAAUGAUGCGUGCAAUAAAGCACACCGUGAGGGCAUGGACUUGCAAGAGCGCCUGAGGCAGCUGAAGCAGUGA